CAAGCGGUUAGAUUCUGCGUGUAAGCGUCUCACUCUCGGGCUCAGAUUUCAUCUGACUUAUAAAGCAAAGACCAAAGUCGUCCCUUGGGCUUUGGACUCACUCUCGCUUGGCGAAAACCCUACACUCCUCCCAAGUUUCACUUGGUUUUGGUCCUCCGUUUCGAUCGCUAGUUUGUCUGACUCAUCUUCCUUCGGUACUUCCUCUCUACUUGUUUCCGAUUACGGCUUCAUUGUGUGCGUCGGGGUGGACGAGGAUAUUUACCGAUCUGUUUUCAUAGUGAUACCAAAGGUGGGCACUGAAGCAAGACAUUAUUCACUACCAGCACCUCUCUCCGUUGCCUUCAAUCAAGUUUUGUAAGGUAUUUGCUUAAUAUGAAACAACAAGUCUUCAACAAAGCUAAUGUUAAGAAGAAUGUGGAGAAUCUGCUUGAAGGAUCUAGUAGACCAGAGUCAAGUGGCAAAAAUGCUCACCUGUCAACGAAUGCCAAAUCAAGAUUUGAUAAGAGAUCCCAGCCUAGUAAGCUUAAAAUAAAAAAGAAUAAAGGACUUUACCAGAGAAAGAAUAAAGCAACAGUGGUAGAGAAAGAAAUUUCUCACCAUGGGAAUGAAUAUGACAAGAAACGAACUUCACAAGACAGUCAACAGAAGAGAACUGCUGAUGAGCAACCUAUGGAGAACAGCAAGCAGGUAGCCAAUAACAAUGAGGAUAGUCAAAAUAAGAGCACUAGUGAUAAACAUUUUACCAAGCAGAGCCAUCAUGCUCAGAAUAGUAAGUUGAAGAGUAACGAGUCAAAUAAGAGUAAACCAGAACAGAAGAACAGAGGAGAGCAUGGAAAGUCAAACAAGGGUGCGAAUUAUAAAACAAAUAAAGACGAGCAAAGAAGCACAGAGAAGGUUCAUUUGAAUGAAGGAAAGAAAGAAAAGCUUGGUGGCUUAAUCUUCAUGUGCAGUGCAAAAACAAAGCCAGACUGUUUCCAUUACCGAGUUAUGGGUGUUUCCAGUGGUAAAAGGAUGUUGUUUUAGGAGUCAAGCGUGGGCUUAAGCUUUUUCUUUAUGAUUUCGAUCUUAAGCUAUUAUAUGGGAUAUACAAGGCUACAUCUUCUGGGGGCAUGAAACUUGAACCCAAGGCGUUCAAUGGUUCCUUUCCUGCUCAGGUCCGAUUCAGCAUUGAGAAGGAUUGCCUCCCACUGCCCGAGAGCAUUUUCAAAAGGGCUAUCAAAGAAAAUUAUGAUGAAAAGAACAAGUUCAAAACUGAACUUACUGUCAGGCAGGUUAGGAAACUCACAGAGCUUUUCCGACCAGCAGCACGUCAUUCAACUAUGCAGCCUAGUCACGCCCCUCCAAAAGUAUUAGCUUACGAUAGGGAAGCUUCUGACAGUGUUAAGGGACAAUGGUCUCAUUUGCAUAGGGAAAGAUCUGACCGAGAUCCCUAUGCAAAUAGCCAUGGGACAAGUUAUAAUGCUCUGCCGCAUGAAAGAGAACGGCGUGAUUUAUUUCUGACUGAAAAAGAUUAUCGAGCUUAUGGUCUUCAAGGAGAUAGGCGAAAUCUGACUCCCCCUUCUCAUGUGAAUCCCAUACUGGAACCAUACAAGAGAGAUCAUGGAAGAGAGCACCUUCAUCAACUGGACUCUAUCUACAGGGAUGACGUCCCAUCACAAUCACAUGUCGAAAGACUUCGCACUGAUCCUCUGUAUUUAAAUGAGAGGGAAUACGAUGCUUAUGGUCAUCGUGUAAGAGAUGACUACCGAUAUGGUGCGUCAUUGAGGGACCCCUAUUCUCAGCCUUCGUAUGGAUAUGAAUUCUCUUCAAGCUCUUCAGUUGAUGGAAGAACCAUGAGCAGGGAUGAUGACUUGCACAGGAGAGAAACCAUUCAAGAUAGGCCAUACUCAACAUAUGCUGCUGGAGCUUUGCCAGAGUAUAAUCAGAUGCGGCACUAUGACCGAGCCCAGCCAGUAUCCAUGCCGGCGCCAGUUUCUUCUCGCUAUGCAUUCGAUGGGCCUUCACAUUCAUAUCGGUAACUUGAAUUUGCAUUUGGCUUCCUGUUGUACUCCUCAAGAUUGUUUUACUUUGUAAUUAACAAGACAUCAUGACAAGAAGCACGUGGCCGAAGUAUUUAUCAGGUACCACCUGAGAAUUGGGGAUAGCAUGAUUUACUAGUUGUGUCUGAACUGUGAAGCUGUAAACAUUGCAUGUGUGCUUGCCAGUUGCUAUUGAAAAUAGCCUACUUAUGCCGCACGCGUGCGUGAGGCUAGGAAAUUUUCAAGGCUAUUUCAUGUAUUUAGUAAUUUUACCUUGCUGAUUGGUAAGCACACUUUGUAUCUAUAUAUUAUAAUUACAUGCUUGUUUGAUGAAUA